AUGAGUAACGACGGUUACUCCAAACACCACCUACAACAUCUCUCAUGUAACUUACAAAGUGGUGCAGUAGUAGUUGUUGUCGUGGUGGUAGUUGUAGUGGUAGUUGUGGUGGUAGAAGGUGGAGGUGUUGGGGUGGUUGUCGUCGUUAUUGGAGUUGUUGUCGUAGUCGGUGUUGUUGCAGUUGUCGUGGUACUUGUAGUAGACGGGACUGUCGUUGUGGUCGGCUGCGACGUGGUUGCCGUGAUCGGGGUGGAGGUGGUAAAAGUAACAGUCGUCGUUCUUGUGGUUGAUGGAGUACUGCUGAAGUUGAGGGAGAUUUCGGCACAGCCCACCAAUGAAAGCCAUCCAACUAGACCUGUUUUUUAA